UAUGUUAACAUACUUGAUCAUAAUAAAACCUACAAGCGUUUUAACUUUUUAUGUUAAUUUUAACAGAUAAUUACUAAUGUUGUAAUUUUUAUUGACAACAUUUUUUUGGAUAAAUUCAUUUGGUUUUGCAUGACUAUGACGAGAUGCCCUCUCUUCAAAUGGAGGUUUGUGCAGGAUGUCAACGUCCAAUAGAGGACCGUUAUCUGCUAAAAGUUCAGAACAAUUACUGGCAUGAGACCUGUAUGAUAUGUGCAAUUUGUCGUCUGCCUUUACAAGGCUCGUGCUUCAUGAGAGAUAGUGUUUUAUACUGCCGAACAGACUACGAAAAAUUAUUCCGUGGAAAAUGUUCUGGUUGUGGCUACUGCAUAUCAGCUCAAGAACUGGUAAUGAAGGCUAAUGGAAAUGUAUAUCACAUGAACUGCUUCCGAUGUGUGGAAUGUGGCCAUAUAUUACAGAAAGGGGACCAAUAUGUGCUCAAAGAUGGACAGUUGUUUUGCCGAUUUGAUUUCGACAAAGAAUUUAGUGUUAUUUCAUAUAGUCCAAAAGUGGAAGACGAUAGCGACAGUUAUGAAGAUUUUGAUGGCGAUUUAGAUAGGGCAGCAAAACGUCCACGAACAAUACUCAAUACACAACAAAGACGAAAGUUUAAGGCAGCAUUUGAACUAAAUCCAAAACCCUGUCGGAAAGUACGAGAACAAUUAGCAUCGGAAACAGGAUUAACCGUGCGUGUUGUACAAGUGUGGUUUCAAAAUCAACGAGCAAAGGUAAAGAAAAUGUCCCGAAGAGGUUCGGACGAUUCAAUUGGAAAAGAAAGAAAACGACGUGGGCGACAUCUAGAUGACGAUAAGGAUCCAUCGUUGUAUCAAGACAUGGACGAGCAAUCUAUUCGUUUAGCAUCUGAUAACGAGGGUUCUUUAUAUUCCAAUGUGGAUCUGUCCAACAAUAUGUUUAUGGAUGUGCAAACAUCAGAAGAUUCAGCCGAGUCACCCGAACAGAAUAUUUCAGAAUCUCUCGGACCUGAUUUGAAUAAAUCGAGGUGCCCGACCAAUCAUAUUAACAAACUUUAUUCCAUGCAGAACUCGUAUUUUUGUGCAGAGUGAAGUCAGCGUUUAAACUCAUUCCGCCCUAUCAUUAGACAUUUUAUAUAAAUUAUUUAAGCAUUUUCUUGUAAAUAUGUUGAAUGUGAUAUAAUUCAAAAGUUUUGUCCUACAUACAUAUAUGUGAGGGAAAAAUAAAAAAAAUUGUGCAUAGUGAACACGGAAAAUACAACUGUGUACAAAUGACAACUUUCACGUAUACAAAAUGCAUACAUUUAAGUCAUUCAAGUGCUGUACAACAGAAUAAAAUUAGUAUAAUUAUUUUACAAUGAACAAGGUAUGUUUUACCGGAUUCAUAAAGGGUCAACUAGUCCUCUAAUGCCUUGAUAUAAAAAAGAGAAUACUGUUCACAACACAUUUAUACAAGUAUUUUCAAACAACUAUUUAUUAAAUUUUUUGACAGUGUUAUCAUCAGGAUUGCUCAAUAAUAUUCAUAACUUAAAAGUCAUUGUUAAUUUAUUUAUUCAUUAAACAUCGCAUUUUUAUUCUAUGGCAAACGGUGGUGUCAGAUUCGUAGAAAAAAAAUCUUUUCUAGUUUCUUAGCAACAUUGUAGAAAAGUUUGUUGUUAUUUUUUAAUGUAUUUCUUUUCAUACGCAUUUGGCAUAUUAUAUAAAUCUCAGAUAUCGUGUUUCAAAUGGUUACUUUAUUAAUAGUUAAAGAUUUUUUCGUUUUAAAUUGACGAAUAUCAAAAAUUUAAUUACUAUUUCACACAAUCGGUAUUAUACCCCCAAAAAAAGAAAAAAAGAAAUUUGCUAUAAUGUUUAGAUAUCUUAAUACAAAUAAAUUUCACAAUACUAGUAGUGUCUGAUCUUAAAAGUUUUCCUUCAGUCAGUUCACAUUUAUAAUUAUUUUACAUGAAACAUGAUAUCUUAAAUUUAUACAAUAUAUGUCUAUUGUUAUAGUUCAUUUGGUGCAUUAUAUUAUUUGUUAUCUUUUCACUUUUACAUAUUACAGCAACAUUGAUCUUAGAUUUGUCUUCUUCCAAUGUUAUUGUUGGUAAAAUCAUAUGAUUAUCGAACGGCAAAUAGCUUUGACUUUACUAAUGUCCCAUUCCCUAUUCCAUUGCUUAGAUUUUCGACAAUGCAGCUAUUUUGAUAACCAAAAAAGAACCGUUUGUUCUUGGAGAAGAUUUUAAUUCGUUUGAUCCACUUAAAAAAAACCAGGAUGUAACUAAAAGACUUCGGUAAACUUCGGCUCUUUUCGACAACAUUCGGAAACUGUACUUCAUAAGGUGGUAGCAGCUGUAUAUGACAAGAUAUGAACAAAAUUAAUCAUAUUGCAAUAUUUUAGGAUAUCAUUUGACAUGAUUAUCAGAAACAAUAUAGAACUGAAAUAUUUUUAAAAAAAAAGUGAAAAAAAAUUGAAUAUUAUAUCUGAUCGUUACAUGAAAUGUACUACACGCUUAUGAUGCAUUUAUUUUUUUUUUAUUAUUAUUAUUUCAUAUUUUUGAAAUAAGAUUCGUAUCUACUAGAACUGCCAAUAACCAAUGUUCAAUUCCAUAAUGUUGCAUCUUAACCUUGUGUUAGACACAUUUCUUAUAAGUUCAGCUUACUUUCACAAUAAUUGUUACUUCUUGUAACGAUUUAUAGAUUUGUAUUCAAAAGUAAAACUAUGAAUUUGGUUUUAUAAUUGUAAAUAUACAAGCUUAGUUCCAUGUUAUUUCUUACAUAUUUUGAAGUAUUUCUUUAAUCCCUGUUUUUUUUAAAGUACCCACAGUGGGUUAUUAUUAAAAGUGUAAUUUAUUUGAUCAUUAUUGCUUAAAAGUGCUUUCUGCAUAAAGACAAUAAAACAGGUGAAUUUCUUAACAUGGACAAGGCAUUUAUUUAUUUUUUACCGCAAUUUCAUUGAAAUUUGCAUUAUUUCGUUGUCGUUAACUAUAUAUAUGUGCACUGUUUUAUUUGUAAAUUUAUUAUUUAUUUAUUUUACUUCCAAAUAAAAUAUGGAGGCUA